CCGCGGGCCGCGUUGGUACGGCCCGGCCUAGUCAUGAGCCUCGGCGCCGCCGCCACAAAAAACACAGAAAACAUCAGGUCUUCAUGAAUGACUGCUGUCACUACACCUGACCCAUUUGGCAGACACCUUGCCUGGUCAAGGCGGGAUGGUGGAAGUGUGAUUCUGCUGAGAAUAAGGCUUCUUGCAGUCUCUGAGGCACCAUGAAUGCCAUUGUUGCUCUCUGUCACUUCUGCGAGCUCCAUGGCCCUCGUACUCUCUUCUGCACGGAGGUGCUCCAUGCCCCACUUCCCCAAGGGGCUGAGAACAGGGACAGCCCUCACCAGGGCCAGCAGGCCGAAGAGGAAGGCGGCAUUCAGAUGAGCAGCCGGAUCCGCGCACACAGCCCGGCGGAAGGGGCCAGCACCAAGUCCAGCAGCCCUAGGCCCAAAAAGUCAGACAUAUGUGAGGGCUGCCGGUCACUGUCUGCAGGACACCCAGGGUACAUCAGCCACGAUAAGGAGACCUCGAUCAAGUACGUCAGUCACCAGCACCCCAACCACCAGCUGUUCAGCAUUGUCCGCCAGGCCUGCGUCCGGAGCCUGAGCUGUGAGGUCUGCCCUGGCCGUGAGGGGCCCAUCUUCUUUGGUGACGAACAGCAUGGCUUUGUGUUCAGAACCACCUUCUUCAUCAAAGACAGCCUGGCCAGGGGCUUCCAGCGCUGGUACAGCAUCAUCACCAUCAUGAUGGACCGGAUCUACCUCAUCAACUCCUGGCCCUUCCUACUGGGGAAGGUCCGGGGCAUCAUCGAUGAGCUCCAGGGCAAGGCGCUCAAGGUGUUCGAGGCAGAGCAGUUCGGGUGCCCCCAGCGUGCUCAGAGGAUGAACACAGCCUUCACGCCAUUCCUACACCAGAGGAACGGCAACGCUGCCCGCUCACUGACAUCACUCACCAGCGAUGACAACUUGUGGGCAUGCCUUCACACCUCCUUUGCUUGGCUCCUGAAAGCAUGUGGCAGCUGACUGACCGAGAAGCUCUUGGAGGGUGCACCGACCGAAGACACCUUGGUCCAGAUGGAGAAGCUUGCUGACUUAGAAGAGGAAUCAGAAAGCUGGGACAACUCUGAGGCUGAAGAAGAGGAAUAAGCCCCUGUGUUGCCCGAGGGUGCAGAAGGACGGGAACUGAGCCAGUGCCCGGCAGGGUCCUCCUCACUGUCAGGCCGUGGGGGCUGGCAGCCCCAAAAGCCACCAGUCUUCAAGUCCCUUCGGCACAUGCGGCAGGUGCUGGGUGCCCCAUCUUUUCGCAUGUUGGCCUGGCAUGUUCUCAUGGGGAAUCAGGUGAUCUGGAAGAGCAGAGACGUGGACCUUGUCCAGUCAGCUUUUGAAGUUCUUUGGACCAUGCUGCCUGUGGGCUGUGUGCGCACCAUCCCGUACAGCAGCCAGUACGAAGAGGCCUAUCGCUGCAACUUCCUGGGGCUCAGCCCACACGUGCAGAUCCCCGCCCACGUCCUGUCCUCAGAAUUUGCUGUCAUUGUGGAGGUCCACGCAGCUGCCCGCUCCACCCUCCACCUAGUCGGGUGUGAAGACGAGCAGUCUCUGAGCAAGUACGAGUUCGUGGUCACCAGCGGGAGCCCUGUCGCUGGAGACCGAGUUGGCCCCACUAUCCUGAAUAAGAUCGAAGCGGCUUUGACCAACCAGAAUCUGUCUGUAGAUGUGGUGGACCAGUGCCUCGUCUGCCUCAAGGGGGAGUGGAUGAACAAAGUGAAGGUCCUUUUCAAAUUCACCAAGGUGGACAGUCGGCCCAAAGAGGACACACAGAAGCUCCUGAGCAUCCUUGGCGCAUCUGAGGAAGACAACGUCAAGAUGCUGAAGUUCUGGAUGACAGGCCUGAGCAAGACCUACAAGUCACACCUCAUGUCCACAGUCCGCAGCCCCACGGCCUCGGAGUCCCGGAACUGACACACCCGCCGUACACGUCUUCUGGAAGUGGUGAUGGCAGUCCACAGACUGUCCCCAGCUCCAUGAGAGGGGCUGUUCUUUGAGUUUCUGAGAUGCUGGGAUGGAGCAGUGUCCUUCCUAAGAAUGGGGUUGGCUCUGCCCUCUGGGAUCUGGAGCCAGUGCUGUUCUUAGCAGCCUCCCACAAGCUGUGGGAGUCGCCCCAGCUGAGGAAAGCAGUGGCGGGUGUAGG